GUGAUGUAUAUCGAUGACGUCAUAAGAAGGGGCUGAAGGGCAGUGACCAGGGGCUGUGCGGGUGACGUCAUUAGUGGUCUGUGUUACUGUGUUGAAUUACAGCUUCAAUGUAUCUUCCGCUCCUGAACUCCAAAGCCGCUGGCCGCUCAGUACGGUCAGGUCACAGCCGCAGGUCCAACCAUCACUUAUCUUUACUGCUGGCCCAGGACCCAUGAACGCUCGUAAACGUCACGGUUCCCGAAACAUUGAGAACGGAGUAUACGUAGGACCCCCACAGACACAGGUCCUGCCCUCCCAAGUCACCCCAGAAGUUUUACAACUUCCUACUCUUGUGCCACCAACUGAUAACAUGUCUUGCCGGGAUCGCACUGCUGAGUUUAUGUCUGCUUGCAAGUCUUUGCGUGGACGCCAGAAUGGUGUACAGCUGUCCAAUCCCUCUCUCAAUGCUGUAAAACAGAGGAGUGAAUUUACUCUUAUGGCCAAGCGCAUUGGGAAGGAUCUUAGCAACACAUUUACCAAAUUGGAAAAGUUGACGAUAUUGGCUAAAAGGAAGUCUCUUUUCGAUGACAAAGCUGUGGAAAUCGAAGAACUGACAUAUAUUAUUAAGCAAGACAUUAAUAGUUUGAAUCAGCAGAUUGCUCAGUUACAGUCCUUUGUGAGAGCUAGGGGCAGUCAGAGUGGACGUCAUCUCCAAACUCAUUCUAAUACUGUGGUGGUCUCCCUUCAGUCAAAACUGGCGUCAAUGUCUAAUGAUUUCAAGUCUGUACUAGAAGUAAGAACAGAGAAUCUAAAACAGCAACGAAGUCGCAGAGAACAUUUCUCUCAGGGCCAGGUCUCGUCUCUCCCUCUUCAUCACAACAGCAUGGGGACAUCCGUUCUGUUUCAAGACGAUUCCCGCAGACAUGGUGAUGUGACCAUAGAGAUGGAUUCUAAAGUUAGUCAACAGUUGCAGCUCAUAGAUGAGCAGGAUUCAUAUAUUCAGAGCCGAGCAGACACAAUGCAGAACAUAGAAUCCACCAUAGUUGAACUGGGCUCCAUUUUCCAGCAGUUAGCUCACAUGGUAAAAGAGCAGGAGGAAACUAUACAAAGAAUUGAUGGCAAUGUGGAAGAAACACAGAUGAAUGUAGAAGCUGCACACUCUGAGAUCCUGAAAUAUUUCCAAUCGGUCACAUCAAACCGCUGGCUCAUGAUAAAGAUCUUUCUUAUACUUAUUGUUUUUUUCAUCAUCUUUGUGGUCUUCUUGGCCUGAGACUGUUGCCCAAAAACCAAAACCAUCAGCACACUCCAUGCUACCGCCAUACAGCCGGCUCCUACAACAAGGAAGAAUUUGUCAUUGCUAGUGUGUGUAGGAGGGCUGGGUACAUGUGGGAUUGCAGAAGUGUGUUGAUGCACAUUCUUGGAAUAAACUGUGCACAUAUUUGAUAGUGUCAUAUGGAAGGAUGAACGGUCGAUGGCUUUGUGGGUGUAUGUAUGUAUAGAUUUAUUAUAAGCAUUAUAUAUUAUAUAAGUUUUAGCCUAUGUAAAUAUAUAUGCGCACAGAGUCAUGAGUAUAUUGUAUGAAUAUGUGUAGCCUGAAAGUAGAAUGUGUGUGUGUGUAUAUAAGAGAGCCUGUAAGUGUCUGAAGAUGUGGGUAAUUAGUUUAUAGCCACACAGAUUGCAACAUUUGAAAUGCUUGGAGAAUGGUGUAUGAGCAAGUGACUAAUCUGAAGUGUCUUACUGGAACUCUUCCCAAAUCAAUCUGUGGCAUUCAAAAGGAUCGGCCAGGUUCCUCUGUCUCUGUACACAGACCUCAUUGUUAUUUUAAUCUCCAUAUUGACUUGUUUUUAAAUUAUUGAUUGUCCUUUAACAUUAUAAAAAUAAUACACCAGGCAAAGAUUUACCCUCUUGCAGGGGAUGAUCCCAUUGGCAUGGAUUGAAUGACCUGGAGAGGAGGUUAUUUUCAACAUUCCAUAAAACACAAUGACUUUAACCCCUUUUCCCUGUUGAGUUUGGGGUCAACACUAUGACCGUCAAACAAUGUAUAAAUUGUAUAUAGUUUGGAAUGCAAGAAGAAUACAAAACAUUUCAGCUCAGAAA